GGGAGAGAGAGAGACAGAGACAGAGACAGAGAGGGAGAUAGAGGGAGAGAGAGAGAGAGAGAGAGAGGCCGCAGGGGCUCGGGACCCGGCUGGUCGCUCCGCGCCGCAGCCGCCCCCUCCCCCACGGCCCCCUCCUUCCCCGCAGGCGGCGGCGCGAGCGGGCGGCGGCUGUGCUGUGCGGUGCAGAGCGGAGGCGGAGGCGGAGGCGGAGGCGGGCGCGCGGGCAGCUCGCGGGCACCCGGCCGGGCAGGCGGGCGCGGGCGCGGGCGUGGGCGCGGGAAAGGGUGCGCUAUGCCUUUAACGCCCGCGUACUGUAGACAUGUAUAGUGGAGUGUAGGGAAACUCUAGGCGGGGUUAAAGUUCAGCUCAUGGAGCGGCAAUAGCGCUGGCUGGCUGGCUGCAGUUGAGCGGAGUUGGAAAUGUGAACGCAAGAAGCAGGCUUGAUUUUUUUUCUCCCCCCCUCCCCUUUCUCUCUCUCUCUCUCUCUCUCUCUCUUUCUCUCUCUCCCUCCCUCUCUCUCUCUCUUUCUCUCUCUCUCUCUCUCUCUCUCUCUCCUCUCUUUCUCCCUCUGUCCCUCUUUCUCCUUCCUCACCCGCACUCACGCACACCUCCACACCGCUCACCCAGACGCACACGCACACCCCGCCGCCCGGCAGUUAUGUAUUCUCCGCUCUGCCUCACCCAGGAUGAAUUUCAUCCUUUCAUUGAAGCACUUCUGCCCCAUGUCCGAGCCUUCGCCUACACAUGGUUCAACCUGCAGGCCCGAAAACGAAAAUACUUCAAAAAACAUGAAAAGCGUAUGUCAAAAGAAGAAGAGAGAGCUGUGAAGGACGAGUUGCUAAGUGAGAAACCAGAGGUCAAGCAGAAGUGGGCAUCUCGACUUCUGGCCAAGUUACGGAAAGAUAUCCGACCUGAGUACCGAGAGGAUUUUGUUCUUACAGUCACAGGGAAAAAGCCUCCCUGUUGUGUUCUUUCCAACCCAGACCAGAAAGGCAAGAUGCGAAGAAUUGACUGCCUCCGCCAGGCAGAUAAAGUCUGGAGGUUGGACCUCGUCAUGGUGAUUUUAUUUAAAGGUAUUCCGCUGGAAAGUACUGAUGGCGAGCGCCUUGUAAAGUCCCCACAGUGCUCAAAUCCAGGGCUCUGUGUCCAGCCCCAUCACAUAGGGGUUUCUGUUAAGGAACUUGAUUUAUAUUUGGCAUACUUUGUGCAUGCGGCAGAUUCAAGUCAGUCUGAAAGUCCCAGCCAGCCAAGUGAUGCUGACAUUAAGGACCAGCCAGAAAAUGGACAUUUGGGCUUCCAGGACAGUUUUGUCACAUCAGGUGUUUUUAGUGUGACUGAGCUAGUAAGAGUGUCACAGACACCAAUUGCCGCAGGAACUGGCCCCAAUUUUUCUCUCUCGGAUUUGGAAAGUUCUUCAUACUACAGCAUGAGUCCAGGAGCCAUGAGGAGGCCUUUACCCAGCACAUCCUCAACCAGCUCCACAAAGCGCCUCAAGUCUGUGGAGGAUGAAAUGGACAGUCCUGGUGAAGAGCCAUUUUACACAGGCCAAGGACGCUCCCCAGGAAGCGGCAGCCAGUCCAGUGGGUGGCAUGAAGUGGAGCCAGGAAUGCCAUCUCCAACCACACUGAAGAAGUCGGAGAAGUCUGGUUUCAGCAGUCCGUCCCCUUCACAGACCUCCUCCUUGGGAACGGCGUUCACACAGCAUCAUCGACCUGUCAUUACAGGACCCAGAGAAUUCAAGAUGGUCCCCAGCAUCCUCGGUUCUCCUUUCUGGAAAAUCCACUCAGCAAGUCCACACGCGACACCGUCGACGCUUCAUUUUCCAACGUCACCCAUUAUCCAGCAGCCUGGGCCUUACUUCUCACACCCAGCCAUCCGCUAUCACCCUCAGGAGACGCUGAAAGAGUUUGUCCAACUUGUCUGCCCUGAUGCUGGCCAGCAGGCUGGACAGGUGGGGUUCCUCAAUCCCAAUGGGAGUAGCCAAGGCAAAGUGCACAACCCAUUUCUUCCCACCCCAAUGUUGCCACCGCCUCCACCACCACCGAUGGCCAGGCCUGUGCCUCUGCCAGUGCCAGACACAAAGCCUCCAACCACAUCAACAGAAGGAGGUGCAGCCUCCCCCACCUCACCAACCUACUCGACACCCAGCACCUCCCCCGCAAACCGAUUCGUCAGUGUUGGACCACGGGAUCCAAGCUUUGUAAAUAUUCCUCAACAGACACAGUCCUGGUACCUGGGAUAAAAGUCACAGCAUCCCACCAUCCACCAGACAGACCACCUGACCCCUUCUCAACUCUGUAACAUGGACGCAUCCUCAACCUAGCGCGGUUACAACUUCACUGUCAGUGGAAGGGGAGAAAAACCGAUUCAAAUCGACUUGUAUGUGGAAAUAGCAAGCAUUAUGGUCAAACAGCAAAGGCCAUACAUAACCUUUUGGGAUUUUUUUUUUUUUUUAAAAAACAAAUACUUUAGGGACUGUUGUCAUUUUCUCAUAUGGUGCUGGAAAUGGUUGGGCUUUGUAACAUUUGAAGUGUUUCCAUGGCAGCGUGAGCAUUAGGAGAGGAGAGCUACCCUUGCUCACUGACUUCCUGUUGUAACACACUUUCCUCUCGGAGCCUGGCUGUUUCACAGUAUUUCAUGAAUUUAUCCACACAGGUGUGCGCCUUCGUGAGCAAUCAGGAAGGCACAUGGGGAACUAAAUCUUUUGUAGUAGCUGUGAUCUGCAAUAUAUAACUUACGGGACAGUCAAAGGGCAAUGUUUUUUUCUGUAACAUUGGAAAAUGAAAAUGCAGUUAUAUUCCUUUUUAAUUUUUUUUUUCCCUUUUAGCUUGGUUUGGUUCAGCAGUCAGCAGUUAAAUAUAUAACAUGGCCCUCAAGGACAGUGAAUCCACUCACGUUGCAGAGCAAUUCCGAAAAUAGCAAACUACUACUUACUACUACUACUACUACUACUACUACUACUACUACUACUUACUACUACUAUUCAGUUUUUUAAAACAUUUUGAAAUGCUGCACUUACAUUGAAAAAAAAAAAAACCAACAUUUUUUCAACAAUUUCAACAAUGUCACAGAAAUUCACAUGGAAAUGGGGAAGAUGGUCUGUUUUUUGACAGAAACUGACAGGAAUCAAUCAGAACAAUCGAAUUUUGAAUUGAGUAAAGUGCAAUUUCAUUGGAUAGCUAAAUAUCUUUGUAAGAUAGAGAUUGUUGAAAAUUCUAUUUUUGUUUUUUAAGUCCUUCCACCCCAGGACUCUAAAUUAUUGGGGUAAAAAACAGCCUUGCAAGAAAAAGGGGAGCUAUUUUUGCUUUUUAUGUUUUUUAUUGUUAAACUUGUAUCCCUUUAAAAACUGAAGGAACAUUUAAAAAAAAAAAACAAAAAAAAAAAACAAAUCUAAUGGUGCUUUUACCACGAUAUGUUAACUACAUUAAAUGCUAAUUAAUUAUUUUCUGUUAUCAAAGCACAUAACUAAAAUGAAAUCAUGGUAUCUGUUAAUUUUAUAAGCUAGAAGUCACUAUAAUAGAUCAUGCCAAUUCUGAAAAAUUUUACAUGUAUCCGGCAACGUAGGAAUUCUCAGUUAUCAGACACUUCAUUGUACCAGAGAUUGUCCAGAAAUUUUAAAAGAACUUUGUGUCCCUGAACUGGGUCAUGGGAAAUGAAAAAAAAAAAAACAGUAAUCAACCAAUACUGAAACAAAUGCUGGUCCCCCCCCCUCAGAUCAAGGGUACUUAAUAGCGAAAAAAAAAAGUUUGCACCCCCAAAUUUCCUGUAUCUUAUGUAAAAAAAAAAAAAAAAAAAAAAAAACCACAAAAACUAACAAAAACAAGCAAAAAAAAAAAAAAAUGCAAGUGAUUUCUAUACCAGACAGUGAAGCACCCUUUGCUUCCCAUUGCAACUUCAAGAAGGUUUCCUAUACUAUACAUAUAUAUACGUUCUGGUUGGCACACCCUGCCUAUCAGAGAAAGUCUCUCUGCAUGUUCUAGUGUUAGUAACUAAUUUUUAUAUAGUUAACGUAGGAUAAAGUAGAGUGCAUUAAGACACAAUAUUGUAAUCCCUCCUCUAGGCACUUGCCUUUAAACUAUGUUUUUCAGCCCUUCAGAAGGGUUCUACUACUGUCCUAUACAAUCAAGUAACUGAAAUUCUUGGAAAGACACUUUGCUCCUCAUCUUUCCCCUCAACCCCCUCCCACCCCCAAAACAAUGUUGUUUUGUUUUGUUUUUUUUCCUUAAUUUGCACGAAAACAAAAAUUCCAUAUCAAUGUGCCUUGCCCUGGAUAGCGAUUAUUUGUGGAAUUGUUGCACAUGCGCCUCUAUUGAAAGGGGUUUUUGUUUUAUUUUUUAUUUUUAUUUUUUCCCUAGUCAAGCAUUUGGAGACAUUUUUUUUUUUUUUUUUUUUUUUUUUUGUAAAAUGUGACUUUUAUGUCAGCCAUUGUCAGUUUCAACAUCUAGAACGGAAUAGAAAGUUAGUUGUUCCGCAGAUAGGAGUAGUCUUUAUUGUCCUCUGUGGUCAGUGGCAGUGCUAUUCUGAGAUCUGUAGAUGCUUAGAAUAUCAGUAUUUUGGAUGUUGCUGCAUUUUACAAUUUAUUUGGAGUCUUCCUUUAUCCCUCCCCCCAGAUUUAUGAAAAUAUGCAAUACCUGCUUAUAUCGUGUAGAAAAGCUUAGCGAUAAUUAUUUUUUUUUUUAAUUUGACCAAAGUCGGUGCUGCACUUGACGCAGUGUUCUAGGUGUUCGUCGUUGUAAUUUUUUUUUUUUUGUGAUUUUGAAUGCACGUGCGCAGGAAGGGCUCCUCUUAGAGAAGCAGUCAAACUGUGAAGCACUAAGCUGACCCUGCUUCAAGCAAUUUUGUUUUUACAACUGUUCCUUUCACAAGCAAGCCUUAAAAAAAAAAAAAAGAAAAAAAAAAAAAGACGACUUCUUUUUUCUUCAACUCCCACACCCCAUUUUUCUUAGCAGACUGCAGUCAAUCCACAUUCAAUAAAAAGUAUAUAAUGCCCAUUUUUAUAUGCACGUUUUUAAACUUCCAAGUUAUGAAAAUUGUUUACUGGUUAUCUCUAUUUAAGGAAAAAAAAAUAAAAUAAAACAUUUUGGAUUUUCAUAUGUGUCUGAUAAGUGGUUGAAUAGUCGUUUGGCGCUGUUGUAUGGUGUGAUUGUCAGUAUAUGGUGUCACUUCUAUAGCCAGCCAGCAUACUUUGCCUUCCCCUAUAGCACUUAGCUGGGCAUUACUUUAUUAUGACGUAUGUGCACUAAAACAAAAAAACAAAAAAACAAAAAAACAAAAAAAAAAAAAAGAGAAAAAAAUAGCAGCUUUCAGUGCUUCACAGUGAAGGGAAAAAAAAGCCUAGACAAACAUUUUGUCAGAACCUUGCGAUAAGCCAAGGUAUUACCAGUAAAUUGGUUGUAUAUACAAUAAAAUUGCACCCUUUUUUUAAAAAUACAACAAACUAAGCAAUAGUUGGGGCAGGUUUAGUUGUUUUUAGUGAGCAUGUUGUAGUCAUGACUGCAAAGAGAGAGAAUAAACUGCCCACUCAGAAGAUAUGUAAUUUGUAUUGUUGUAUAGUUUUAUUGAUUACACUGAUUUAUUCUACCCUAUUUUAUAAUGCAGGACUUUUGUAAUGUUGUUUAAAUGAGAAAAAAAAAUUCUGUCAAAUUAGCCUAGUGAAAUUUCUGAUUGUUCAUUAUAAAGGCAGUGUUUCUUUCCCAUCCCUACCCUCCUUCUGGGAACUGGAUUUAAGUUUAAAACUUUCCUGUCCCCCCCCUUUUUUUGUAAGUAUUUAAAUACAUUAUUUCUUGUUUCUCAAUGGUAUGGCAUAUUCCUAUGCUUGAGAAGUAUAGGUCUACUGAAGAACCAUUGUAAAUGGACAUUACAGGUAUGCUGUAUUUUUUUGAAGGUAUUUUUGUUAUAUUAAGUUUGAUGAAGCUAAAAAUUAGGGAACUUUGAACAGAUUUGCAGGAAAAAAAAAUGUUUUAAAGGCUUUAAUACAUUAGGGAGGCAGUCCAGGGUGAUAAUGAACAGGAGUUAAGUAUGAAAUACACUAAGUUACAUUUUUGUUCAUGUUCCAUUGUCCAGAAAGCAGCAGGAAACUAGUUCAGUUGUGAUCCAGCAGGAAAAAGAAAUAUCAACAAUAUAAGUGUUCACUGUUGUAGAUUAAAAACCUAGGGAAGAUGUUUAAGGAAGACUUUGCUUGCUACCUGGGGUGUGUAGACUGACAGACAGAGGACUAUCAGCAUUUGAAGGCUCAGCCCUUGAUUUUGAGACACAUUUGGAUUUUUUUUUUCCUCUCCUCUCAAAUAGCAUUAACAGUAUUGGCAAAGAGAAGAUCCUCAAAUAAACUCUCCAUGAUUUUUGUUUGUUUUUGGGACUGAAGUCAGAGGCACAAACACUAAAUCUAUCAUUUUUUUAUAUACUUUUUUUUUCCCUCUCCGCUAGCUGCUUAAAAACUCUACUUUUCUACUCAUUGUGGGCAGAGGCCCUCCCCUUGAUGCCUUUCUAUCCAUCCCAGAAUCUUUUUUUUUUUUUCUCUUUCUUUUGAGUUCCACUUUCUGGUCUGACAGUAGUUUGGAAGCAGUUCCUCUGAGCCCUAACCCUGAACUCAGGUGUUGAUGGAACAGGCAAGUCAACCAGAUACACUUCCUAAAGCUUAUGUUCUUAGAUUUUUCUGACAGUUGUAGCAUAAAAGAACCCAAAUGUUCCAGAGUCAUGGUCUUCAGCCCAGGAGAAUAUGCAAAACCCCUAUCAAAGUGUUUACCUUUCCCUGUCUAAACCACUCCCUGCAUAUGUUUUGAAUUCUGUAGUUAGUGUCACUAGUUACAAAAUCUGGAUUCAGAAAAUAUUUUUUCCUUGUGAUUGUUUUUCUUUUUUCAUUUCUUUUCUUUCUUUCUUUUUUUUGGUGUGUGUAUGUGUGUGUGUUUGGGCUUGGGGGAGGGUUUUUCUAAGAAUGUCAUUCAAUGUACACACUAAAUCAUGUCUCUGGGAAUAUCUUUUUGUCCCUAGUGGUGGUAGUCUCUCUCUAUCUCUGUCUUCCUUUCAUCUUUUUGUUUUCCCCCCUGGUAGCAGGCCUCCAUAAAACAAAUUUUAAACACGACUGGUGGCAUGGUCAUGUUAAGGAGAGCAUCAGUGGCACCUCAAUGCCCACCCUGUCAUGUGACAGUCUGAGAAAGCUGCACUGCCCACCGGCAGAGCUCUCAUUCAAAUCGGCUUCCAAAGCCAAUUUUGUCCUGAAGUCAAUGCAUGUAUUUACUGUUUGACAGUAAACCCGCUCUGCCUUCUCCACGUUCAAGGCUGUGCAUUUGUCUAAUUAGUGUUGUAUACGUUUUUCCUUUGAGUUUUUUUUUUCCCCAAUAAAAAAAGCAGUGGGAUGAAAAUUGCUUUGAUAUAUAGCAGGUAACAUUGAAGCUAUUCCAUAGCACUUAACUGUAGUGAAUACUGUGUCACCAAUUCUGAAAUCAAUUUAAUGUUUAAUGCAAAUCCAUUACAUGGUGCUAUUAUAGGCUGACAAAAUGAUUUACACAAAUGUGACAACGUGGGCUCAAUUCACUCUGCUUUCCAACAGUGUAAAUGCAUAGCAGUGUUUAUCUGCAUGAGAACUAUGCACUAAUCUAUCUGAAGAAAAAAAAAAACUAUAUCAACUUUGGUAUCUACUUUCCGUUUACUUCAAUCCUUGCCUUUUUGGUCAUUGUUAUAAUGCCAGCUUUAGGACAGAAAGAAUUAUAAGAAAACCAGCAUAAUACCUGAUAUAUUAAAAUGUAGUGCCUGUGAAAUCUGUAUUAUAUUGCUCUUCUGAAGUAAGAUUUUUCUACACCGGUAGCCUUCGCUGUCUGUCAGUCAGGACCUUCUGGUAUAGGUGAUGUAAAAUAACCGUACAAUAUUAAUGCAUGCUACUCCAUAAUGCUUAGUGAACUGUAUGAAUAUUACUCAAAGUUAUGUUAGUCCUUUUUUUUUUUUCUGACUUGGUUCUUGUCAGCUAGGUUUAAAGGUAUUUCACUGAGAACGCAAAUUCUGUCUCUUAAUUUCGGCUGUUUUCAGUAUUGGGGAGGUAUACAUUUACUUAAAUUCAGUAUUACUUGUGUUUUUGUUUUUCUUUUCUUUUCUUUUUUUUCAUUUUCCCUAGGGGACAAGCAUGGGUGUUUGAUUUUAGAAAUCAGUGCCUGGCAAACUUUUUGUCUCAAAACUACCAUCUGGAUUUCAAGAAAACUGCUAUGAAGAUAUGCUGAAAACAUUUUCAAGUGAGAGACGUUUUUCUUGCCCCUCCACUGAAGCUACGCUGGCUGGAGAGUGUUUUCAUAAUAGAAAGUAUGUAGCCAGAUACCCAUGCUUGACCAACCAUCUUCACACCAGACCUCCUCAUAAUUAAAAGAAAAAAAAAUUUUAAUCGUUAAGAAAUCACAUGACUAUUUAGUUUCAUGCACAGUUGCAAUGUUUUCUUCAAAAAUAAAACUUUGUACAAACUUUGGGCCCGAUUCAUAAGAAAAAGAAGUUUGCUAUUAACACGGGAUUUAAAAAAUAUAUUUGGGGAGGGAAAUGUCUAAAUUCAAAACUACUUGCUUCCCAAAUUGCUAAGUCUCAUCUCACCACCCCCCAAGUUUUCAUUCAUCUUUUAUGCCCCCAAAGGGAUUCUUAAUCUGAUUAAGUAGAAUUAAGGUAGUGAGGAACAGAUAUCUAAAACACUCAGAAAGCUAAGAGUGACCACCUGGAACUGGGAGUUGGAAAGCAACAAUGUGAAGAGGUUUUUCCUUGUGUGUGUGUUUUUAUUUUUCAUUAAAAGAAAAAAAAAAUUCCCAAGUGUCCUAGCAGUAGAGUGGUAGAGGUAUCAGCUCUAAUUCAAUUAGAGUUCCCCUAGUCACUCAAUGUGAACUUUUCUAUCUCUGCAGUGGUUUGAAGAACAAAUAGUGUCCAGUGAAUUGGACUUUUUUUCCUGCUGUUCUUAAGCUCGACUUCUUAAAGCGCAGAAGCUGUUUAUUUCUUUUAGUUCUAUUUGUAUUGUUUUUAUAUCUAAAUUCCAAUUAUCAUCCUUAGUAAUUGUCUAUAAAUUUGUACUUUUUUUUUUAACACCUCCACCAAAGGUCAGAAGGUUACCGUCUAUGUCCAGAUAGAGAUGGAGAGAAUGACCCUGCUCUCCUUUGGUCUCUGACCAUUCUCCCACUGUGAAAAUGUUUGAUCCUGUCACCAGUGGAAGAGUAGUUUGAUCUGGAGCUUUAUCUGGUUUUAGAAAGUCUUUUAGAUAAAAAGCAUACCCCCCCCACCCCCUUUUACCCCUCUUACAGCCCUGACCUCUCACUCAAAAUAAAAUUUUCUGGGAUAAUUUUUUACAUCACACUUAGAAAUUUGUUCACUCAAAAAUACCUUGUUUUGGGUUUUUUUUUUAAUUUUAUUUUUUAUUUCAAUUUGGGGGGUGGGGAGAGAAGAGAAUUGAACCCUUCCAAGGAAGAUAAGAGAUCUGUUGUGAAACUAAAUGUCCCCCCGUGUUAAUAACUUGGUUUGAAAUUUGCUUUUUAUGAGCCGGGCCCCCUGUGCCUCUAGUGUAUUUGUAUUGACUCUCAUAGUCACCCUUUUAGUUUUACUGUGUUCUGUGAAAAAUUGUAAUUGGUUGAGAAUCACUGUGGGUGUCCAUUCUUAUUCAACUAAGUCUCCACAGGUUUUUUGAGCUGGUGUGGAUUAGUUUUAACUCUUGUAUUCAACCAUUAGUGCUACCACCUUCUCACAUUACAAUACAAUUACUGGAAGCAAGUACUGCAUUUCCUAUGCAACAAAAAAAGGAAAAAUAAAAAAUUGCUAAUGCUA